AUGUGCAAAAUGGAGCGUAAACAGCCAAGAAAGAUGCACACGCUUGAACAGACAGAGGAAGAUGACAAAAAUAUGUUCCUGGGCACAGUGGACGUUCAAAGAGAAAAUGAGAAAAGUAUUCAAGCUGUUACCACAGAAACACGAGAAGAAAAGGAAAAGUGGUCUGAAUUGCUAAAGAUAAGAGACAAGAAAGUUAAAUUUAAGUUGGACACUGGUGCAGAAUGUAAUGUGCUCUCGUUAAAAACGUACAAUUCGCUGGGUAUAACAGAAAAGCUGAGUAAAUCUACCUGCAAGUUACUUACAUACUCUGGACACCAGAUGUCGCCAGUGGGACAGAAUCAGUUAACAUGUGAGUACAAAGGUCAGAAGCACAUUAUACAGUUCCAGAUUGUUGAAAGAGAUGCUCCUGCAAUUCUAGGAAGAUCAACAUGUCAAUCAUUAGGCUUGAUACAAAGGAUACAUGAAGUGUCUGUUGAAAAUGAUGACAUAAUGAAAAAUUAUGAAGAUCUGUUCAGUGGUCUAGGAUGCAUGCCAGGAUAUCAUCACAUCCAAAUUGAUUCAUCAGUAAAACCAGUUGUACAUGCUCCACGGAAAGUUCCUGUCGCACUGAAGGAAAGAAUAAUUAAAGAAUUGCACAAGAUGGAAGAAAUGAACGUCAUUGCAAGACAAACAGAUCCGACUGACUGGGUGAGUAGCAUGGUGACAAUUGUCAAGCCAGACAAAAUUCGAAUAUGUCUCGACCCUCAAGAUUUGAACAAGGCAAUCAAACGUGAACACUACCCACUACUCACAGUAGAAGAGGUCGUAUCUAACAUGCCAAAUGCUAAAGUGUUUUCUGUGCUGGAUGCUAACCAAGGAUUCUGGCAGAUUAAAUUGGACGAUGACAGUUCCAAGUUGUGCACGUUCAACACUCCUAUAGGAAGAUACAGAUUCCUACGUUUGCCAUUUGGGAUAUCGUCAGCAUCUGAAGUAUUCCAAAGAGCUGUAGCACAGAUGAUUGAAGACCUGGAUGGUGUGAUAAACAUCGUGGAUGAUUUGCUGGUCUGGGGUGAGACAGUACAAGAGCAUGAUGCCAGACUGAGAAAACUGCUCCAGAGGGCAAGAGAGUACAACCUCAAACUAAACAAAAAGAAAUGUCAAAUCAGAACAUCACAAAUCAAGUACAUUGGUCAUGUACUGACAGCAGACGGACUGAAACCAGACGAAGAGAAGGUGAGAGCUGUAGUUCAGCUACCUACACCAGAAGACAAGCAAGAUCUUCAAAGAUUUCUGGGUAUGCUGCAGUAUCUCGCCAAGUUUAUUCCCAACUUGUCAGAAGUAAGUGCUCCGCUCAGACAACUGCUGGAGAAUGAUGUUGAAUGGUUCUGGGGAAGCGAACAAGAGAAAAGUUUUCAGAAACUGAAAGCUCUAGCAACAAAUGGACCAACGUUGAAAUACUAUGAUGUAAACAAACCGUUAACAUUGUCAGUUGAUGCCAGCUCUGAAGGCAUGGGUGCGGUUUUGUUACAAGAUCAGAGACCAGUUGCAUAUGGAUCAAGAGCGCUCACAGAUUGUCAACGUCGCUAUGCACAAAUUGAGAAGGAACUGCUAGCGAUAGUAUAUGGAUGUGAAAAAUUCCAUCAAUAUGUAUAUGGCAGAGAAGUUCAAGUAGAAAGCGACCACAAGCCACUGGAGUGCAUCUUCAAAAAACCUCUACAUCAAACUCCAUUGAGACUACAAAGAAUGUUACUCAGACUUCAAAGGUACAAUCUAAAAGUCAAGUACAAGCCUGGUAAAGAAAUGCACAUAGCAGAUGCAUUGAGUCGUGCUUACCUUGAUGAAUGCGACGAAGAACUGCUUGAAGAGGAGUUAGAGGUAAAUGUAAUCACAACUCAGCUGCCUGUGACAGAAAAGAAACUGCAAGAGUUCAGAAAAGAAACAGCUGAAGAUCCUGAAAUGCAGAAACUGAAAGAAUACAGCAUAAAAGGAUGGCCGACAGUAAAAAAGACUGUACACAAAGACGUACAGAAGUAUUGGACACACAAAGAGGAAAUAAGUUAUACAUCAGGACUUGUGUUCAAAGCGUCCAAACUUGUAAUACCAAACAAAAUGAGAAAGCAGAUGUUGGAUAAAAUUCAUGAGUCACAUCUCGGCAUGGUGAAAUCCAAAGAAAGAGCAAGAGACAUCAUCUAUUGGCCGGGAAUGUCAGAUGAGAUUGAGAAAAUGGUAUCUCAAUGUGCUACGUGCAACACUCAUCGAAACAGUCACACAAAAGAACCGCUAAUAUCUCAUGCCGUGCCAGACAGACCAUGGGCAAAAGUUGGUACUGAUUUGUUUCAGCACAAUGGUUCUGAAUAUUUGAUGUGUGUGGACUACUACUCCAAGUUUCCAGAGAUUGCAAAGUUGAAUGACACUACCAGCAGAGGUGUAAUACUUGCAAUGAAAUCACUGUUUGCAAGACAUGGUAUACCUGAUGUGGUAAUAUCAGAUAAUGGUCCACAAUAUGCCAGUCGAGAAUUCAAGUGUUUUGCAGAUAACUGGGAGUUCGAGCACAAAACGUCGAGUCCGAGAUAUGCUCAAUCUAAUGGACAAGCAGAAAGAAUGAUCCAAACCAUCAAGAGAAUGCUCACAAAGUCACAAGAUGAGAAUGGAGAUCCAUAUGUUGCGUUGCUGGAAUACCGCAAUACUCCACUAGAUGGCAUUGGUUUGUCACCGGCACAACUUCUAAUGGGAAGAAGAUUGAAAGCUAAACUGCCAACUUCGAGCAAAUUGUUGACUCCAAAAGGAUGCGAGAAAGUUCAAGAGAAACUCAAACAGAGGCAGUCAAAGCAAAAAUUUUAUUAUGACAAAAACACCAAACUGUUGCCAGAGAUAUCACCAGGAGACAAAGUGAGAGUGCAGCAAGGACAAAUCUGGAAUCCUGCAACAGUUUUGAAGAAACAUGACUCUCCGAGAUCGUAUGUUCUUUGCACACCAGAUGGAAGGAUCUACAGAAGAAACAGAAAGCAUCUGUUAAAGACAAAAGAACAAAAAUUUCCAUCAGCACCUGAUCAGGAUGACUUUAACACCGAGCAAGAAACAAAUGCAAAGUCAGAGAGAGAGAUGAAUCCUGAUUUACCUGUCAUGGUGAAACAAGCACAUCAAAAUGGUUCAACUGAAGAACAGACAAAGCCAAACAUCAUCACGAAAUCAGGAAGAGAGAUUAAAAUUCCUUCUAGGUUUAGAGACUAUCACAUGCACUAG